CCCGGGCGAUGACGUCGCUACCAGGCGCCCGGCGGCACGUUGGCCAGGCCUUGGGCUGACUUCAGGGGGACAAAAAUGGCUAUGGCCAGCGAUUUCUACCUGCGCUACUACGUAGGACACAAGGGCAAGUUUGGACACGAGUUUCUGGAGUUCGAGUUUCGGCCAGACGGAAAGCUUAGAUAUGCCAACAACAGCAAUUACAAAAAUGAUGUCAUGAUCAGAAAGGAGGCUUAUGUGCACAAGAGUGUAAUGGAGGAACUGAAGAGAAUCAUUGACGACAGUGAAAUUACAAAAGAAGAUGAUGCGUUGUGGCCUCCCCCUGACAGAGUUGGCCGACAGGAGCUUGAAAUUGUAAUUGGAGAUGAACAUAUUUCUUUUACAACAUCGAAAAUAGGUUCUCUUAUUGAUGUAAAUCAGUCAAAGGAUCCUGAAGGCCUUCGAGUAUUUUACUAUUUGGUACAGGACCUGAAAUGUUUAGUUUUUAGUCUUAUUGGAUUACAUUUCAAGAUUAAACCAAUCUAAAUUGUAUGUUUUUGAAGCUGUUUUUAUAUUUAAUUAAGGGAUGGGUUUGUCAUUUACACUAUUGGGAUUUUUAUAAAUGUGAAGUUUUUUUUUGUAUGCCAACUAAAAAUAAGGAAAUACAUAAGCAGGCUUACUGAUUAUUCUCACUUGGGUCCAAGUGGUCUGGAUAGUCCUCAUGCAUGAAAUUAUGUAAAUAAAAGCAACCUUUUGUUGAGAGUUUGCUCUAAUAAAACAUAUCAAAGCCUG